AUGAUUAUCAGGAGUCCGAGCCAUUUCCGGCUCGACCGACUUACGAUGGCAUUUUUACUUGUAGCGUUAGCUUUAGUACUACCUGCGAUCAAUGGCGCCCCGGUAUACGAGAGUGAUCAGACCGAGAUGGAGACCUAUGGCGAAUCGACCGGGUGCUACUACAACUACAACCAUUACGGCGAGGGCGACCGCAUCAUGACGAACGAACCGUGCCUGAACUGCACCUGUCACGACCGCAUGCUGAUGUGCUAUCUGCGAGUCUGUCCGUUCACGAAGGCGAUCGGCCAGGACUGCACCAUCGAGAAGCGGGAGGACCAGUGCUGCCCGGUGAUCACCUGCCCGGCGGUAGAGGUUCAGCUGCUGGAUCAUCAAACGACGGCCAGCCCAUCGACGGCGCUCGGUGGAGCGGCAACGAGCGAAGUUGGUGCCCUCGACCAGUACGGUUGCUCGAUCAGUGGACGCUUCUAUCCGGAGGGAGCUCAAGUGCCAUCAAAUCCUCAGAAACCAUGCGAGCUGUGCUAUUGCAUUCGUAACAUGACGACCUGCGUGAUGCAGGAGUGCACACUGCACAUCGAUGGCUGCCAGCCGAUCUACAACAAGGGAGUUUGCUGUCCAGUGAGAUACGAUUGCGAUCACGACAAGGACACUACUCCGAUGUUGGACGACGAGUUCACCACGACUGUGCGCCCGACGCCCGGCUUCAUCCUCACCACGACGGUGUCGCCCUCGGUGUCGACGGAUUGCGUGCAUAACGGAGAGACUUACGCCGAUGGAGCGCUCAUCAUGACGGAUAAGCCGUGCGAACACUGUUACUGCAUGCGCGGGGACAUCGUAUGCGCCGUGCAGGAGUGUGGCACACCGCUAGAGAAUGAGGGUAAAAACUGUGUGGCACUUCCACCGGCAGCCGGCCAGUGCUGUCCGGACAAAUAUAUGUGCGACGGUGGUGCUGCCGCACCAACGACAGCAUCGACACCGGUACCGACGACGUCGGGGCCGACAGUCGCGACAACAAUCGCCGAUGACGUGCAAGAGGAGCAGCAAAAGUUGGGCGAUGAUCACGAACCAUCGGACGAUCAGGAAGCAUCGGCGCCAGCACCGACGACCACAUCGCCAGCGGAUGCAAGCAAGGCUACGACGCACAAGCCCGUGGACGAUGCCUCAGAAGAGAAGGAGGAUGACGACAACGAUCAGCAGGAGCAGCAGCACGUUGUGCCACAGUUCGAGGACACCCAGGAGGAUGACAGUGAGGAAGAAGAUGUGCAGGUGCCCAACAAGAUCGACGACGAACUCCCAGCAACUACUGGACAGCCGGCUAAGGACGACGCUGAGGACGACGUUGAACAGGACCACAUUCCUGGCCACGUCGGCCCGCAUGACCAUGACGAAGACAAACCGGAAGUCGGAACCACCGUAAGCACCGCAUCCGCUACUGUCCAACCCGAGACGGCUGAUAAGCAAGAAACGGCAGAGGAAGGCACAACGGUGACACCUGCUGGUGCCACUUCGGCUGCCACCGAGCGACCGGAGACGACUGAUAGGGCGGAAACGGCGAACGAUAGCACCACGGUGGCUCCCUCUGUUGGGGACGCUGCGUUCACUGUGCGCGCUGAGACGACCGUCAAAACCGAACUGGCUGAUGAGGGCACCACAGUGGCACCGUCUGUUGCUGUCUCGUCGUCGACGGUUCAGGCCGACACGACUGAUAAAACCGAACCUUUCGAGCAGGAUGAAGGUUCUUCGGAGCAGCAACACGUCGAUCCGGUUGCCAGCGACGAGGACAAUGAGCAAGACACCAAGCUGGACCUGGACGUAAAGAUCAGCGACGACGAGGAGCCGACAACGCCGACAAACAUUCAUUUCGACGAUCAGAGUUCGUCGUCGGAAUCGUCUACACAGGGUGCGGCACCUAAAGAGCCUGAGCUCACAACGAGCCUACCGGCGCUGGUUCCGACCAGUGACGAGAAGGAAAACGAAAUCGGUGCUAGCCACGACGAGGAAGAAUCGGAUAAGCCCAGCCCAAGCCAGGACGAGCAGGAGCAGGAAGAGAACGACGAUCAGCAGGUUGCUACGACUCCAGCUCAAGCUGGCGGUGAACGGCCCGAUCAAUCUAGUGACGUCACAGGAGCACCAGUGCCAAGCGACGACGAGCCUGCCAGCACCGUAUCGGCCGAGAAGGAAGCCGAACCAACUACCACAGCGCCUCGCGAACAGGUGACCAAGCUCGAUGCAACCACGGAGAAGAAGGAACCCGCGCACAAGGCUGACGAUGUGCCGCAGACGCCUGAGGACUUCGUCGAACUGCCACCGGCAGUUAUUGUGACCGAGCUGCCACCGGCACCGAUAUCGGAGGAGAAGGUAUCCACCACGGAGCAGACGCUGGCCCCGCCGAAGGAUGAGAUUCUGCCGAACCUGCCGCUCGAGGCUGACUCGCACGUGCUGGAUGAUUCGACCACCACCGAGUAUGCGGCUGCUGCCGACGAUCACAAGAGUGAGGAUGACGAACAGCAAGCACAGCACCCGGUUAAGGUGGCGAACGAUUUUGAUGAACCGGUGGAAAUGAAUACGGUCAUAACGCCCGAGAAGGACGAGCAGGCGCCGCACGAAUCGGUCGAAGACGAUCAAGGUACCAAGGAACAGGAGGAGGUCGAGCAAGACCAUGUCGAGCAGGAAGCGCACGAAAGUGACGAGGACGAUAGUGAUGAAGACUCGCAUUCUGGUGACGAGCAUCAGCAGGAUCUUUCACCGACGACAGCGAAGCCAGUGCAAUCUGCAGUGCAACCGGUGGAUUCCGAGAAUGUGGAUGAGAACGAAGCCGAAGUCGAUGAAACGCCCGAUAAGCUGUUCCCCGAAUCCAUCCCUGGCGAGGGAGACUGUCUGAUCGACGGGGUCACCUACAGCAAUGGGGACAACGUACCGGCCAAUGGCAAGUGUCAGGUGGCAUGUCGCUGCUCCAACAGCAUCAUCCACUGUGAGGCAGUACGCUGCGAUCCUCCACCGAAUGCUGACUGCACGGCAAAGACCAUCCUUCCGGGUGAAUGCUGCCCAAGCUACAACUGCCCUGAAGUCUCGAGCACGACAACAGCGACCACGGUCGAUUCGGACGACAGUGACGAUAGCAAGGACAGCGAUUCCGCAGCUGAAAGCGACUCGUUUGCCACGGAAAGUGAAGCCACCGUCAGCAGCAGCUCCACCGAAAGUUCGGACACCUCGCCGGAAGCUCCAUCGACCGCUUCGGCGGUAGAUUCGCAGUCGUCUACCGACAGCGACAACGACGAGGAAGACGAUGAGUCGGCGAAGCCAUCGGAGGCCGAAAAUGAUGACUGGGAUCUAUCCAGCGAUGUUUUGAAGCCGCUGCUGCAACAGCCGGGAGUGGAACACGACGAGGAAAAGAACCAUACCAAGUACUUCAAUGGUAACCGUCCGACCACCGCGGAGUACGAUGACGUCAUUGUGCUCAGUACAGCUGCACCAACGACUGUCAAACCGGUGACCACCUCAAGCACGGUUGCACAAAAGUCUACGGAGGAUGCCGAUAGCCAUGAAUCGACAACCACAGGAGCCACAUUUGAAAAGCAGAAUGAGGAAGAGUUGACGACUACUGCGCGCAUUCCAGUCGAUCGCAAACCGGCAGGCGUAAUUGAGAAGGAAGUCGAUGACAAGAAGCAGCAGGAUACCGGACUGCCUCAAGUAACCGACAGUGUAUUCGAAGACGUCGAAAGCACCACUGUGGUGGCUAAGGAUACGGAGCAGAGCACCGUUAAGGAAGCUGCCAAACCGGAAGCGAGCACGGAUGCUUCCGUUGACCAGCAGGAAGAGAAAGAACGCGCCACCACGCAACGUACAUUCGUGGCUGAAGAUGCGGAGACGGAAGCACCAGCAUUCGUGCCUGAGGCACUUGCGACUACCCUCAAGCCAAUAGCGGACAUCGAAAAGGAUGAGGAGCAUGACAGAGCGACUACAGUUCGUCCAUUCGAACAGCCAGCUGACGCUGCUACAGCACAAGAAUCCAGCUCAGAUGAUCUCAGUCUUAAGGGACAGGAAGCGCAAGAUGAAAUUCCAAGCAGUACUAUUCGUACGGAGGAAAAACUGGCAACUGUCGAUGAGGACCAGGCUUCGGGUGACAGUGAACCCGAAUCAACCACGGCCAAAUUGAGCGACGCACCGGUCGAGACAGUCACCGAACAAGAAAAACCGGUGCCGGUUACAGUGGACGAUCAUACGCGGAAACAGGUUGUAACAACGGUGGCGCCUACCACGCUGGAUGAUUUGGAGAACGAGAUUGAACAAUCGAGCACGCCGGUACCUUCGGUUGCAUUGGAUGAGGAACAGACGCAGAAGGCACAGACCCAAGAGGAAAUGAAAACAACUUUCGGAGUAUCGGAAACGACCCCGAGCUCUAGUGCAAUGGACGCAACUACCAGCAAGGUUCAGCAGGAUGACAUGGAAGCUGGCACGACAAAGGGACCAGAACAGGUCGUUCCAGCCCAGGACGAGAAGGUUGUGAGCGAUGAUCAGACGGAAGGGUCGGACGAAGUGGCACCAACAACUGCUGGACCAUCUAAGAGCGACGACUCGACGCAGCAGGUGGAUAAGAGUACUACCGUGGCACCACAGAAGGAACAUGAUGGUUCCAUUGUGUUCCGUGGGGAUGAGGAUGAAGACACUCCGCCGAUCGUAAAGCCAACGCUGGAUGACGAGGAGCCAACCAAGGCAGCGGAUGAGCAGCAAGUGCAGCUGCCUGCAAAGGUUGGUGAAGAUGCUAUCCCGAAGCCAACGAAGGUUGCAGAUAUGGCCGAAGACAAAACGCCGCCGCAAAUUGCGGAUGAAAAGGAUGACGACAACCUGAUCAGCCCGAUCGGUGGUGCUGAGCAAGAUGGUGGCAUCCGUUUCCCGCAGGAGAAGGAGACGCCGAUCUUCAAGCCAACUCUCGACGAUGUCGUACAGAACACGGUACAGCCCGAAGCGGACGAUCAGGUAAAGGAGCAGGAGCAGGAAGGUACCACUUCCGGACCCAUUGCACCAACCAAGAGUGACGAGGAGGUUCGAACGACACCGCAGCCCGAAUCGCCGGUUACCAAGGGACAACCAGAGAAGGUCGCCGACGAAAGCAAUGAAAUUGACGCUGACAUACAGGAGAAGCCAUCGGUGGAGCCGGCGAAACCGGUAACGCCGGUUAGGGGAUCGGAUAAACCAGAAAACACGCUGGUGUAUGAUGAGAUUGAAGAGUCAGACCAGCAAGGAAAUGUCCCCAGCUCAACAACACCGAAGGAAGUGCCAAGCGCAACUCAACAGCCGCAAUUCGAAGGAUCAAGCGCCUCUGUACCAGUAACGACACCGUCUGUUGACGAACAAACGGAACGAACUGAGUCGUCUGUGCACAAGCAACAAGAUGUGACGCAAGGUGUUUCGGAUGAGGAUGCCAUGGAUGAAGACAAGGUUACUGAGCAUUCGAAACUAGCGACGUCUUCGCCAGCUUCCGCUGUUCCUGCCGUGACCACUACCGAACAGGCAGAGUCGGACGAACAAGAGCAAAGCGAAGUGCAGACUCCAUUGAAGCCGGAGGAUGAUAUCGUUUCCAGAACGACAGUACAACCUCCAGAGAGCAGCAGUGUGCAAUACGAAGAAAAGCCAAGCACAUCGGUGCCAUCGUCUACUGAACGUGACGAGGAACCAUCAGCUUACGACGACAAGAAGGCUCAGGAAGAGGCUGGUACCACCGUAUCGCCGUCGCUGGCGGAACAGGACGAGGGAAGUGCCGAAGAGCAAGACACGCAAAAACCGGCACUCCCGGUCAGCGAUGACUUGGAGCAGGAUACGACCACACGGCGCAGUGCUGAGGACGGUUCAGGAAGCGAACAAUUUACCGAACCCGCUGUGAGCAAGCAAACCGUUGUUCCAGCAGUUGACCGACAGACUACGAUUGCACCAGCGCAAGAUGACCAAGACGAGGACGAUGCGAAGAAACCUCUAACGGAUGCUGUAAACGAUGUAACCGAACGUAUUGCCGACGACCAGCAAGAACAGGAUAUGGUUGGGCUCGAGAAGGAUGAGGAACAAAUUGGAACCACCAAGGUACCAUUUGCCCAUGCCGGCUCCGGCGAUUCCGAGGAAACGACGACUGACGCCAAGAGCCAGGACAGUGCCGACAAUGUUACUCCAACCACGACCGCGUUUGAUGCCACGGAAGAUAGUGUAAAGCCGGAUCACAAAGAGCCUGAGCGUGACUCACCAUCUUACGACGAAGUUGAGGAUGAUGUUGCACCAACGCGCGCCCCAACUGCGGCCGUUCCGGAGCAGGAUGAGAAACAACGCGAGCCACAGUCGACCGAAUCGAGUGACGAAAAGGUGGAGGGCACAACGACAUUGCCAGGAAAGGCCGACGAUGCGGAGCAGGAGCCGACAUUCAGCACGGCUUCGGACGAUCAAAGUAAGCAGCCGACCACGGUUGCAGCACCGGUGGAAGCAGCUGAAGCGCAAACCGAAUCGGACGAAGUUGCUAAGCCCGAGGCCGACGAAAAGGAAACGUAUCCCCAGGAGCAAGGCACAACGGUGGCACCGUCUUCGGCAAAACCGAGCCUAGAUGCCCAAACGACAGAAGCCGCAUUCGACAAACCAGAAGAGGAGGACGAGGAAGCGUCAAACAAGCCGGUAGCUCACGAUGAAGAGCCUGGCGAUGAAGAAGAGCCUGCUUCUGCGACGACUAUCCAAACUCCAGUAAGGGUGUCGGAUGAUGAAACUGGUGAUGAAGAGCCUGCCGCUGGCACGACUCUGCGAACUCCAGUCAAGGUAUCGGAUGAAGAAAGUGAUGAGGAAGAGCCUUCAGCUACCACCACACAGCGCGCUCCGGAGAAGGUAUCGUAUGAUGAAAUUGGUGAUGAAGAGACCUCUUCUGCCACGACUCUGCGUGCUCCGGUGAAGCAAUCCGAUGAUGAAACUGAUGAGGAGCCUGCAGAUGAUGAAACUGGCGAUGCCGAACCUGCGCCUGUCACGACUGUGCGAACACCUGUUAAGCAAUCGGACGAUGAAACCGGCGAAGAAGAUCCCUCUGCUGUCACGACCCUGCGAACACCGGUAAAGGUAUCGGAUGAGGAGACUGGCGAUGAUGAGCCUACUUCUGCCACGACAUUGCGUACUCCGGUGAAGGUAGCGGAUGAUGAAACCGAUGAAGAAUCGCAGGAACAGAUUGAUAGCGAGGCCACUACUGCUUCGCCGCCGUCCGUGGUUCGCGAUGACGUGACGGAGUCCAAUGUGCAAGACAAACAGCCACAGGCAACAGAUAGUAGCACCGCUGCACCGAAACCGACAAGUACACUGGGACCGGUAGCAUCUGACUCAAGCGACGAUGAUGACGCCGAUACCUCAUCCGAACAACCGAAACCAGCGUUGGAGCAAGGAUCGGGUGACAGGGAAGAUACGCAGGCACCGACAACGGUGGCAAGCGCCUCGGAACCGGAGCAGGACCAUUCGGGCGAGCAAGAACCGGAGGAGCCUUCGUACACUCCAGUGAAGGUGGAUAAGGAGCAGGAUAAGGUACCCGAAGUAACCACUGUCGCCGCAUCGGUCGCGCAAGAUGACAAGGGAACGUCGGACCAGUCGUCGGAGGAGGAUGAACCCGAGGUUCCGCAGACGGACGAUCUGAACGCGGACGAUGAUUCGUCGGAGGAGGACAACGAACCGGUCGCACCGAUCAUGGUGCCAACAAAGGCUCCAUCGAGCACGUCGGCAACGACUGAAAGCGAUACGGUGAAGGAUGUGCCCGCUGAGCAGAGUACGACGGUGGCCCCACUCGAAGCAGUGACCCACUCCACGCGUGCUCCGGAUUCGGAUUCGCAAGUUACCGAGCAGCCAACAACAUUGCGUCAGGAGGAACCUUCGGUCACCGAACAGGCAUCGUCUUCUACCGCAGCACCAACGACCGAUGCUCCGGCUGGCGACGCUGUUAGUGAUGACACGGAAGUGACGGAAGCGCCACUCAGUGCGGUCACCAGCACAGCGACAGACGCACCUCAGGAUGAGAAGCAGUCGACGCCGGCAGCCGACAAGGAGGAAGAGCCUGCCGUCACUAGCACCAGCACUUCGACAACAGCUGCGCCAACGACGACCGAGCAGACAACGCUGGCACCUACGCAGAAGCCCUCGCCUUCGGUAGCAACGGAGAAGCCUGCAGCACCGAGUACGGCAGCACCUGCUGCUUCGGCGGACAUGUUGGACGAACGAUUUGACGACGAUGCCCCGGCCCAGGUCACGCAGAAACCGGUUGGACCUCCAGCCGACGAUAAGGUGUCGGCCAAACCGCAGGAAACCACCCCCGACGACAGCGUGGACGAGGAUGACGAGCAGCAGAAGGUACAGGAGCCGUCGCUAGCCAGUGACAGCAAACCGGACGAACAGCAGCCAUCGCAGCCGGAAACGGUCGGACCCUCGUACGGUGCCCCUGGUCAGCAUUACGACACCGGCUACGGCCACAUGCCGCCCCACUAUCCGCCCUCGUCGUACGAAGAUGACUACGGCGAGGAGGAGGAUCCGGCCGCCUUCGGACCCGGCACCUGCCGGUACGGCGGCAAGCUGUACGUGUCGGCCCAGCAGAUCCCGCGGGACGAUCCGUGCGACUUCUGCUUCUGCUUCCGCAGCGACAUCAUCUGCCUGCAGCAGUCGUGUCCGCCACCGAUCAGCGGCUGUAACGAGGAGCCGAUCUCCGGCUUCUGCUGCCCGCGGUACGAGUGUCCGGUGUCGAUGGCGACCGUACUCAACGUAACCACGAGCACGACCACCACGACGACGACACUGCCGCCGCACUUCCCCGCUCACGCGUACAAGGGCCAGGUGCAGAAGCGUGGCUGUCAGAUCCAGGGCAAGCCGUACAACGUCGGCGAGAUGGUCGCGUCCGCCUCCGGACCCUGCAUGCGUUGCACAUGCGGGGGUGACGGCCAGAUGCAGUGCGAGCCGAAGGCGUGCAGUCCAGAGCCGAUGCUACAACAGAUGAUUGCGGUAGCCGCGUCCCGACGACGAUGA